AUGACGAAGUUUUCCCGCAUGUCGUUGGUGCCGGUGCCCAGACAGUCAAUACCGAGUCUGGCGUUGGACUCGUUGAUCUGGCGCGACUUGACAGUGGCCAGUGACUCGAUAGGAGACAUACCCGAGUUCUCUGCCAGAGCCAUAGGAAUAGCAUCUAAAGCAGUUGCGAAUGCUCGGAAUGCAUAUUGGUCGAUACCGGUUCGGCGGUCAGCAGCCUCGGCCACUGCCACUGAACAUGCGAUCUCGGCAGCGCCUCCACCGUAA